CUGAUGGAGCAGCAUGAGGAAUUCCAGCAGGGUUUACGGGCCCUGGAAACUCUGGUGAAUGAGUCCGAGGAGGUUCUGAAAUCAAAUGACUUCAGCCCUGAGAAACCGGAAACUUUCUGCCUCGAGAUAUUGAAGGCUCAGAUGCUGAGAUUGAGCAGCACCUUGCAGCACCUUGAAGCUUUGAAACGUCUGAGCUGCCGGCUGCCACUCAAUGGCCUGGAUUACACACGGUUUCAGGCCCUGAACCGCCGAUGGUACCUGGCUCGUGAGACAGCUGUGGCCCGCUGCAGUAAACUACAGGCCAUUAUGCUGCAAGAAGAGAGCUUCAGUCAGAAGUGUGAGCACUGGAGGCAGUUUCUGGAGAGGAUGGAGGAGGCACUGAUGAUUGAUGUUGCUGGCAGCUACGAGGGCCUGAAAGAACAACAGAAAACCCACGAGCUUUUCCAGGCAGAGGUUUCCAUUGCACACCAGAUCCUUGAUUCAAUCAUUCAGGAGGCCCAUCAUCUGAUUCCAAGCAGCGAUGCCCAGGACAGAAGGACUUUUGUCCUGAAUCUCUCAGCACUGAAGGAACGUUGGUGCAGAUUGGUCCAGAAAGUCCGGCAACGCCAACACCUCAUCACCACUCUCGCCAACCAAUGGUGUUGCCACGGCAACUCUGUGGCCAGAAUCGGUAAGCUGCUCACCGACACCUCAAACAAACUGCAGGCCAUGGGCGAUCUACACAGUUACAGUCUGCAGCAGCUCUGGAUGUUGCUUGAGGCUGUGAAGCACCAAGGUAGGAAACUCCAGCAGCUGGAGCCGUGCCUGACGCGGGCCCUGGAGAUGGGGAAAGAGCUCGAGUCAGCAGCUGAUUCCUCCACACAAGCAUCGCUCCAGGACCAACUGUGCCAGGUCCAGGACGCCUGGGGCUCCACCAACCUACAGCUCACAGACACAACGAACAAACUGACCAACAUCAUCAAGAUGUGUGACAGAUGUGAGGAGGAGGUAACCGUAUUAGGUCUCAAACUCCAAGAAUUCAGAGCAGAUUUGAAGCGGGAGCUGCCCUGCUUCAGUGAGGACCUACGAAAAGAGCAAAAUAAACUUCAGCAGGAGCUGGGAGGGCCGAUGCGAUGCUGGAUGAACAGGCUUGUCGAGUUGAGCACCGUGAAAGCGGAACUUGGCAAGCACCUUAUUCCCGAUGUGGCGAUUGGAUUCCAGGAGCAAGUAGCAAUCCUGGAGAGCCAUUGGGAACAACUGCUGCUGUCUGCGUCCUUGCGAACACUGGAGAUAAGUGACCAGCUCGAGCAGUGGGUCGUGUUUAAUACCAAGAGCAAGCAGCUGGAAGACUGGCUAAAACAGAUGGAAAAUCGAGUCUCACAGAGCACAGACAGUGGUGUCGAGGAGAUGAUUGAGAGACUCCAGAAGGAUUGUAUGAGGGAAAUAAAUCUCUACAACAGGAACAAGGUGCAGCUGAAACAGCUGGGGAGUGAUCUGAUUAAAGCCAGCAGGCCAUCAAAGGCAUCUGAGAUCGACAACAAACUUAAUCUCAUCAGCAGGAACUGGCAACACCUCCUCGAAGUCAUUGAGGCCAGGGUGAAGAAAUUGAAGGAGACUCUGUGCUCCGAGCAGCUCCUGGACAGGGAGAUGAGUAACCUGCGGACCUGGCUCUCUCGCAUUGAGUCUGAACUUUCCAAACCCGUCAUUUACAACAUCUGUGACGAUCAGGAAAUUGAGAAGAAACUCGCUGAGCAGCAGGAGCUGCAGAGGGACAUUGAGCAGCACAGUGUGGGUGUGACAUCGGUCCUGAGCCUGUGUGACAGCCUUUUGCUUGACACAGACACGGAGUUAGAAUGCGACUCGAUCCAACAGACCACGCGGAGUUUGGACCGCAGGUGGCGCAACAUCUGCGCCAUGUCAGUGGAACGCCGAAUGAAGAUCGAGGAAACGUGGAGACUCUGGCAGAAGUUUCUGGAUGACUAUUCUCGUUUUGAUGACUGGCUGAAAGGUGCUGAGAGGACUGCAGCUCAUCCCAACUCCUCACAGGUCCCAUACUCCCUCGCCAAGGAGGAGCUGAAGAAGUUUGAGACCUUCCAGAGACAGAUUCACGAGAGUCUGACACAGUUGGAGCUGAUUAAUAAGCAGUACAGACGGUUAGCAAGAGAGAACCGCACCGAUUCCUCCAGCCAGCUCAAGCAGAUGGUUCAUGAGGGGAACCAGCGCUGGGACAUCCUCCAGAAACGCAUCGCUGCCAUCUUACGCAGGCUCAAGCACUUCAUCAAUCAGAGGGAAGAGUUUGAGAGUUGUCGGGAAUGUAUCCUGGUGUGGCUCACUGAAAUGGACCUGCAGCUGACCAACGUCGAGCAUUUCUCUGAGAGUGACAUUGAUGACAAAGUACGGCAACUGAAUGCCUUUCAGCACGAGAUCACCCUCAACACCACCAAGAUUGACCAGCUCAUUGGAACGUGGGUCCCGAUGCCAUCCCUUGGCACCCGGCCCCCAGCCCCGAGGGCAGCAGGAGGUGUCAGUACCAGCAGACGGGGAUCGCCAUCGGACAGCAUGUGCCUAGCAGUGGCCAAAGCUCGGACCACAGUCACAGUGACAGCUAUGGAGCGGGCACUGUCGGAAGGACUUGGGUUAAUGAGUUUUGCACUUGCGGAAAACACGGUUUGGGAUCUUGCCGUGCAGUUAGUCGGAGAAUGUCCACUCGUGGAGGGUAUUGCCCACUGGCGCCUGCUCAAUGCCAAGGCCCUGAGCGAAGAACUCGUCAUCAAACAGAACCUGCAGCAAUGGAAGCAACUGAAUUCCGACCUGGAUGAUAUCUCCCGGUGGCUGGCCCACAUCGAACCCACCCUCAACCAGGCUGAGGGCCUGGAGCCUUCACCUCAGCUUGCAGCCAUUGAGGAGAAACUGCGGGGACUACAAAACAUCCAGAAGGAGCUUGACAAGUAUAAAGCCCUGGUCAUCUCUGCUAACCUGAGUAGCCGGGAGUUCCUGCAGACAGACAGUGCUGAGGCCCAGGAGCUACAGGAUAAACUACACCAGGUGAAUGGGAACUGGAACAGGACAGCACAGAGACUGGAGCAAUGGAGAGUAUCCUUACGGAAUGCCCUGACUGACUGCCAGGAUUUCCAUCGUAUCAGCCAUUCGUUCAUGAUGUGGCUUGCUGACUGUGAGAGGCAGCGAGGCUUGGUGCAGCUCAGUAACCCAGGACUCAGUCUGCAUUACCUGACACAGCAUCGCAAGGCACUGAUGGAUCUGGAGGCAGAGAUGUUGGAGAAACGGCCACAAGUGAACGCCCUGCAGGAAAUCUCCGAGCAGCUGCUGGAGAGCGGGGAGGGAGCUGCCUGUGAUGAGGCCAACGAAAAGGUCCAUGUGAUUGGGAGGAAGCUGAAGCUGCUACUUGGAGAGAUCACCGCUGACCUACAGACUGUCAACGAGAGGCUGGUGAGACUGGGAACGCAGCAUUCCGAUCUCCGGGUUCUCAGGCCUGUGUCUGCCACACAUCCUGGGCUGGAGAUGCAGGGUGGGGUUGUCUAA